AGGUGUGUGUAUAUUACUUUUUAAUUGGAUUGUAGUACUUGAAACUGGUGUUAGAAAUAUUAACUCUCAAUCUAUGUUUAGACACAGGUGCGUAUAUAUUGCUUUUUGCUUAUACAUAAGAUUAAUAUUAUCGUAUUAGAUUAGAGAAGUAUAAAAAGUUUACUAUUGGUAUCAAAAUCCAUAUGGGAUAUAAACACGACACGAGAAAACCGAAUUCACUAUGUAGGCAGCCCAAAUUCCAAUACAAUAAAAAAAGGAAAUAACAAUAACAAUUAUCCCUCUUUUCCGUAAUAUUACAUAUUUUAGGAAAAAAAUUUGUUUUAAAAAGAUCCAUUUUUUACAUUUUUAAAACAUGUUUUAUUAACUAAUUGCAAAUUUCAAAAAACUUAAUUACACUUACUGAAUUGUUAUUGGUUUAAAAUUAUGAAACAAAGAUAAACACAAAAAAUAUCUAAAUUUAAUGUGUUUUAUUAAAAUGUGUGAAAAAUCUAGAAUAUAUAACAUUAAAAAACAGAGGGAGUAUUUACUAGAGCCAGCUGCCGAUACCUCCUUGCACAUGUCGUCACACGCUGACGAGUUGAUGAUGCAAAAUAAUAUAUGUCCAGUUGGAAUAAAACAAUAUAUAAAUUUACCGUGAGUUUAUAUCUAUCAAAAAAAAGAGAAAAAUUGCAAGCCUUACCUAACGGUAUCUUAUCUUACACGAUUUAAUUUUUCUUUUCAUUCUAUAACUUUAGAGAACAUAGAAACCAUAUACAAACAUAUACUACCUCCGUUCCUGAAAGUAAGAUGUUUUAGAUUUUUUUAUUGUUCCACAAAGAUAGAUUUUCUAUAUUGUUAAGGUACUUUUUUAUACUUUUGAGGAACAUUAAUUGAGAAUAUUUGAAUUGAUUAAAUUUCAUUGGUGGAAAGUUAUUGGAAAAUGUAUAAUAAAGUAAAAAAUAAAUUAAAUUAUAAACAUUUAUUAAAUUUUUAAUAAGCGUGCAUACUCUAAAAAAUCUUACUUUCAGGAACCGAGGGAGAGAGAGUGUUUUUUUAUACAGUCUCAGUAUGAUUAAUAUUGUAGCAAUACGUUUUUCUUUUAUAGAAUACUUGUUUAGGUAGAAAAAAACAUCGGACCAAUUGAAUCAGAUUGGUUUAAGCGCAGGCGUUGGUGCUGUUGCGCUCCUGGGUUCGAUCCACCGUGGGAGGAGUGUCCAGGGCCUUAACCGGUACUGACGCAGGCUGGCUCCGGGCCUAGGGGGGAGUAAGGCCGAAGGCCCGAACCCUCCUGGUUAACAAAAAAAAAAAAAAAAAAAAACCAAUUGAAUCAGAUUAUUUCUAUAGAAUAGUCGCAAAAUGCAGCAGCACUUUAUAUAUAUAUAUUUUUUUGUCUUCGUCGUUUAGCCAGUUUUUGAUGAUGCAAGCUCCCAGGUGGACUGAUCUGAGCUGUAAUCUGGAUUGGAUGUAAUAUUUAAUGAAUGGAAAUUAGUUUUUACUAAAGAAAAGAAUAACGGACUAUCCACUUCACCUGAACAUGUCAAUUAGGGUCAAAAUCCGCGGUCCGAACCUACCUAGUCCUAAAACUAUCGGAUUUGGGCUUAGUUUUAUAAGCCCAUAAAAAAUCGGAUUUUUCGGGUUAAGAACAUCACUCCAUUUCUCACUCCAUUUUGCAGUAUAUUAUGGAAUGAGGUUGGAGAUGCUCUAAGUCCAUUUGAAUUUUGGGUAUUUUGGACCUAAGCUCAUUUGAACUAAGACCGACCAAAAAAUCCGAAAUUUUAUACUUUAACUUAAAUAUUAUCAUUCUUGAAUCAAAACCAUUAUUAGUAUUGACAUAUUAUUUUAAUAUUUUUAUCAAAAACUCUAAUAAAACAAAUAUAAAAGUUGUUAAUGCAUUUUAUUGUUUGAUCAUUACAAGUGUCACAUUUUAAAUUUUGCAAAUGUACGUUCUUCUUUUUUUGUACAACAUGUUUUUAUUUCCAAAUACUAAUUAUGAAACGUUUGACUAUUUUAAAAUUUUGCUUUUUAUAUAUUUAGUUUUAAUUUAUUUUUGAUUAUUUAAAUCUUAUUAAAUUUGGUUUGUUUAUAACAUGUUUUCAAAGCAUACAAAAAAGUAAAAUAUUUUUGACAAAUAAGAAAAGUUUAAACUUACUUUAUAUUUUAAAACUAAAAAAUUGAAACUAUUUUUUUUUAUGAAAAUUCACAUAUAUUAAAACGAUAGAAGUGACAAUGACAAAUUGUCUUUCGAAAAGCCCAAAAAAUCCUGAAAAGCCCUGUGACCCUAGGGCUUUGAAUUCUAGGCCCAAAAUAUUUCCGGGUCGGGUUCAAAUAUCAACGGACUUAGUGGGUUUGGGCAGGGCCAGCCUGGAUUGAGACCCCUAACUUCACCGUUAAACAUUAACGUUUGAUAAUUUUAUUUUUUUGGUAUAAAAGCAACUCUUCUUCCUUCCAUUUUAACUUACAGAACGGCAACAAUGGAGAAAGCUCUCUUCUGAUCUUUUUGUUUUUGAACUUUAUAUUCAUUUGUUAAAAUCUUCCGUGUCCUUGAAAAAAAUGGAAAAUCGGGUGGGGUUCAGAUUCAUUCCGACAGACGAGGAGAUCGUGGACUAUUACCUCAGGCUAAAAAAUCUCGGUGGUGACACGAGCCAUGUAGACAAAGCCAUUAGCACAGUAGAUAUCUGUAGCUUCGAACCUUGGGAGUUACCUAGCAAGUCUAGGAGGGAAUCGAGAGAUCAGAUUUGGUAUUUUUUCGGUCGGAAGGAGAACAAGUAUAACAGAGGUGAGAGACAGAGCAGGAUAACCAAGUCUGCUUUUUGGAAGAAAACCGGAGUUACAACGAAUAUAAUCCGAAAGAGAGGGAACCGCGAGAAGAUUGGUGAGAAAAGGGUUCUGGUGUUUCACUCGAAUUCCGAAUGGGUUAUGCAUGAAUAUGUUUCUACGUUCUUGUCUCCUACUCAGACCACAUAUACAGUGUGUAAAGUAAUCUUUAAGGGUGACCCCAGAGAUUUACCUUCUUCUUCUGCUCCUGGUGGUGGUGGUGGUGAAGUUGAGCAUAAUCACUCUCAGUUCACUCAUAUGAACAACUCUGGUGAAUUUGAGGGGUUACAGAAUCAACGUCACUUUACUGGCUUGCUUGAUGCGGAGAAGGAAACUCAGAUCCAUGAUGCAUUAUGCAGGGGUUUAGACAGUGUUUCAACUCAUGAUUUGAACUCUUUUAUCAAUUGUGGAAAUAAUGAUGAGGAGGAGCAUGUGAAUCUUUUGUUUAUGCACGAAAAUCGCAACGAUUACAGACCUAAAAUAUCACUCACCGGUUUCAUUGAUCAUAGUGAUGAUGAGGAUAGUGAUUCUGAUUUGAUAUCUGCAACAACAACAGGCUCCAUCCAAACCUCGAGCGCUUGUGAUAGUUUUGGUAGCUCAAAUCGUCGCAUAGACCAAAUCACAGACCUACAAAACUCUCCUAACUCAACAACCAAGCUAAUUUCACCAACCCAAGUGAGAAAAACCAGUCUUGAUGCAUCCAAGGAGAAGUCUGAUGUACAAGGGAAUGAAAUGGGAGAGUACUAUAAAAUGGAUCAAGAGGUCAUCAACAAGAAAAGAGGAAGUUUCUUUUACAGGAAAAUCCGAAGCUGCAUUAAGAAAACUCUGCUAUGUUCUUCUAUCCCCCCCACCCCAAGAACAUGAUAAUUAAUUAAUAAAUGAGAUCAAGAAAACCACCUUUAGUAUUUUCCAAGUUUGCAAAAGUUCUAUGUUAUGUCUUAUCUUGUUUUGCGACUUUUUUCUCGUAUUGUAUGUCCUUACGUGUAUAAAUAAUAAAGGCGAAUUGUGAUAA